AUGGACGAACACCAUCACCACCACCAGGCCCCCGCCGGCCAGGCGGGGGGCGAUGACGUGAGGCAGUCGCAGGUGUUCUCCGGCAGCUACGGCGGUCACGGCGGCUACCCGGCGUCCAGCUCCGGUUCGAUGCCUCACAUGGGCAGCAGCUCUCAUGGCGGUGCCGUCACUGCGCGCCGCCACAGCCGCAGCGACAACGGCGAGCCCGAGGACCUGUUCCCUAACAUCCCCGAGGCCAAGAAGCGCAAGUUCAUCCUCGUCGAGGACAAUGUCCGUGGCUCCCGCCUGCGUGUUAGAGUCACGCUCGACGGCGUCGACACCAAGGAGAUCCCCGACUCCUUCCGUAAGGGCGCCUCCGUCUUUCCUCGGUCGUACUUCCCGCGCGAGAUGCAGAGCCCACCGCCGUCGGCCACCGGCUCCAAGUUCUUCCAAGAGGAUGCCGAUGAAGAGGAUGAUGGUGUUGAGGAGACUGAUGGCCGCGGCUCUCGCAGAGGCGCUGGUAACAGCAAGGCCAUGGUCAAGGUUCCCAUUGGUGAGAACACCGAGGGCGAGGUCGCUAUUCCGCGUAUGAGAAAGAGUGUUAGAGGCAAGGAGGUUCGGCUGAACGACCUCGGAUACCGCAUGGCGUGGCUGCAGAGCCGUGUCUUUGCGGGACGGACUGUGUUCCUCCAGAGAGCCCAAGCAGUGGACUGCUACCGCAACAAGACUCGUUCCGCCAUUGAGUCCAUCAUGCAGGACGUCAAGACGCUGGCGCCUCACUACGAGACGCGCGUUGGCAAGAGGAAGUGGAACGAGAGAAUGAGGAAGGGCGAAGCCGAGGAGUAA